CCCCUGCCCCCAGGCCGGUCAGAACAGCAGCCGCAGCCCCAGCCCACUGAACGCAGGCGACCCCUGCUCCGCUACCGUUUCGCUGCCCUCCGUGGCCUCUCCAGUCCCAGGAGAGAGGCUCCACGGAGCCAGGCGCCCUCUGGGAAGGAAGGCAGGGCCCCAGGGGCAAGGCCAGGCGCGCAGCUGUGGCGGGAGACGGUUGAGCUCUGGAUGCGACCGCAGCAGGGCAGUUGGCCAAUGGCCCACUGGGAGAGAACCCCCCUCCCAGAGUAACAGCCAUGGGCCUUGGAGAGAAGGUUCAGGCAGAGGACCGGGCCACCUGGGCCAGGGAACACUGGGAUAGCCACCGUCAGCAAGGAGGACCGGGCUACCUACUGACACUCCUCCAGGGAGCUCAAGCCUGCAGGUCCUUUGACCCUGAGGGCAAAUGAGGCCAGGGACAGGUCAGGUGGGCUCUGAGGCCCCCUGGGGACAGAGCCCUGGCCCCAAGCCGUGCUGGCCCCUGCUGCUGCUGGGCUUGGCCGUGGGCGCCCAGGGCCGGCUGCCCCCAACGACAGUAGGCCCACCGAACAGCACCCCCGGCCCUGGAGCCCCAGCAGGAAGCAGUUCUCGGAGCCUGUGGGACAGGUUCCUGUUCUGGCCUGGCCCCCAGGGGGCAGGCCCCAGGUGUUGGCCCGGUGGGUUUUGGUCCGAAUCUCAGUCACCCUGGUUUGUUUUCAGUGAAGGAACCCAGCUCACCGUCCUAGGUCAGCCCAAGUCUGCGCCCUCGGUCACGCUCUUCUUGCCAUUCUCUGAGGAGCUGGGCGCCAACAAGGCCACCCUGGUGUGUCUCAUCAGUGACUUCUACCCUGGCAGCUUGAAGGUGGCCUGGAAGGCAGACGGCAGCCCCAUCACCCAGGGCGUGGAGACCACCAAGCCCUCCAAACAGAUCAACAACAAGUACGUGGCCAGCAGCUACCUGAACCUGUCGCCGGAGAAGUGGAAAUCUCACAGCAGCUUCAGCUGCCUGGUCACGCACGAGGGGAGCACCGUGGAGAAGAAGGUGGUCCCCGCAGAGUGCCCCUAGGUCCCUGAGACCCUCCCCCACCCAUGGGGGCCUGGAGCCACAGGACCUCCAGGAGGGUUUGCCCUCCCACCUGGGUCAUCCCAGGCCUUCUCCCUGCACCCAGUCAACACUCAAUAAAAUGUUCUUUAUUCA